AUGACCUCCGCCUGGCUAUUGAUAGUCUUGCUUGGCGAACUGACAUUGACCACUGCACAGUCGAUAUUGACAACAGCUGGCGACACUGCAGUAAUACCGGGAUGGUACCUGCACUCAACAGCGGGUCUUCCGAGCGAUCUCAGCAGUUUAUCUCGACCUGACGCGAACGUUUCCUCAUGGUAUCGUGUAUCAUACCGUGGUUCAGUCUUUGCAGGUCUAGUUGAGAAUGCCGUCUACAAUGACACGGACCUCUUCUUCUCCGACCACCUCGAGACACUGGUCGACUAUUCAGACUUUCAAGUCCCGUGGGUAUACCGAGAAGAGUUCGAUCUGACCCUGCAGUCUGGCCAGCACUACUUCCUGGUGACCAACGGAAUCACUUCAAGAGCCGAUAUUCACCUCAAUGGAGAGCUUGUCGCUUCGAACGAGACCCAGGUAGGUGCGUACGGGGGUCAAACAUAUGAUAUCACCCACCUUCUCGCAGAUGGUCCAAACUGUCUCCUCAUCACUGCUUACCCUACCAACUACCUUCGAGAUUUUGCCAUGGGUUUUGUUGACUGGAACCCUUAUCCACCGGACAAUGGCACCGGCGUAUGGAGGGAAGUAAACCUCCACCAAACCGGACCGAUUGCUAUCUCUGUCCCUAGAAUCAAGACCGACUUUGAGUAUGCGUGGAGGCAGUCUGUGACGACUGUCGUUAGUGCAGAUGUCCUGAACAACGCGAAUCAGUCCACCAGCACAGAAAUCAGCGUCGUCAUCGGUUCAGAAGAUGGUACCCGGUACAAUGCCUCUCAAAUCGUCUCACUCGAAGCAGGCGAGGAGAAGACAGUAUCUUUGGUUAUUGUGAUCGAGAGACCACAAGUCUGGUGGCCUGCACAAUGGGGUGCUCAACCACUUUACACGGUCAAUGCAAUUGCCUCUGUUGAUGGCAUCGUGUCCGACAUUGCUGAGUCUCGCUCUUUCGGCAUACGUCACGUCUCGAGUCACGUCAAUUCAUGGAAUGACAUUGUCUUUCUAGUCAAUGGUCAGCCGUUCCUCGUACAGGGUGCGGGAUACUCUGCCGAUAUCUUCUAUCGAUUCGAUUUGGAGCGGGCGCGUCGCCAGCUUCAGCUGGUCUUGGAUAUGGGUCUCAACACUAUCCGUCUGGAGGGAAAGCAGGAACAUCCUGAGCUCUAUCAGUUGGCCGAUGAAAUGGGGAUCAUGGUCAUGGCGGGCUGGGAAUGCUGUGACAAGUGGGAAGGUUGGGCUUACAACGACGAAGCCGAUGGAGGGAAAUGGACGAACGUCGACUACACAACUGCAAAUGUAUCCAUGCUCCAUGAGGCCGCGAUGAUGCAGACCCACCCCAGUCUGUUGGCAUUCCUAGUAGGAUCUGACUUCUGGCCUGACAAUCGAGCCACCCAGAUAUAUGUCAAUGGUCUUGACAGGUACGACUGGCCCAACCCAAUUGUUGCCAGUGCUGCAAAGCGCGGCUACCCAGAACUACUCGGGCCGUCGGGAAUGAAAAUGGAGGGCCCCUAUGAUUUUGUACCGCCGAUAUACUGGUACGGCGAUGAACUCGGCGCUGCCUUUGGCUUCGGAAGUGAGCUUGGGGCAGGCGUCGGAACGCCAGAGAUGGAAUCAUUGCGCAAAUUCCUGUCCCAAGACGAUCUUGAUGAUCUUUGGCAAGAGCCUGACAAGGGAUUAUAUCACAUGUCGACCAAUGUGUCGAGUUUCUACGAUCGAUCGAUCUACAAUGAAGCUCUCUUCAAGCGCUAUGGCGACCCCACCAGUCUCGAAGACUACUUGGUGAAAGCUCAAAUCAUGGACUACGAAGCAACACGAUCUCAAUUCGAGGGCUUCGCCGCACGAAAGUCGGACAUGCGCCCGGCCACAGGUCUGAUAUAUUGGAUGCUCAAUGGAGCUUGGCCCAAUCUGCAUUGGCAACUGUUCGAUUACUACCUGGCCGCUGCUGGCUCCUAUUACGGCACGAAAGUUGGAAGUCGGCUCGAGCACGCGGUCUAUAAUUACGAUCAACAGAGUCUGUAUGUGGUCAGCCAUGCUCUGAACUCAAGUGGCACACGCAAUCUGACUAUCGACCUUAUUGACCUCAAUGGGACGAGCUUGAGUCAUCAGGAGAGCGGGAUGGAGGCAUUCCCAAACUCGGCUCAAUAUUUGGAUGAUGUGCAGGGAAUCGACAACAUUACCGACGUGGGCUUUCUGCGACUGCUCCUCAAGGAUGGCAACGGAACAGUGCUGAGCCGCAAUGUCUACUGGCUGACUGCCCAGAACGAUGUGCUCAAUUGGACCAACAGCAGCUGGUACUCCACGCCAGUGACCGAGUUCGCGGACAUGACUGCAUUGUUCGGUAUGGAAAACACAUCGUUGAGUGUGUCAGUGUCAGGGGGAUCUCAGCAAGCCAACAUGUCCACCACCCGCGUCGAGAUAGAGAACCAGUCUGGGAUCCCGGCCUUUUUUAUUCGACUGACAUUGGUCGAUGCAGUGGGCAACGAAGUGCUGCCGGCAUUCUGGACGGACAACUACAUCACUCUGUUCCCUAAAGAGACUUUGACCGUGCACGCUAGUUGGGAGAGUGACAUGCAGGCGGAGAAUAUCCUAAUCUCUGGUGUCAAUGUCGUGCAGCAGAAUAUUGCUGUGGCGUGA